AUGUCGCCUGUUACCAAGUCAAGCAGAGGUUGGUGGGGUAGGAGCCAUGCUAACAUGGAGAAGAAUGAUAGUGGCUACUACUGUACAUCAGCAGCCAGGUGCCCCCAUAUACGUGAGGCACACCAUUUCAUCGUAACUCCACACUUAUUCUCGUGGUCUGUCAUCAAGGAAAUGUCGUCUGUGACAAAGUCAAUCAGAGGAUGGUUGGGUAGGAGUCAUGCUAACGUGGAGAAGAAUGAUCACAGUGGCUACUACUGUACACCAGCAGCCAGGUUAGAAGGAGAUGGGGACGAUGAUGAUGGAGAUUACGACUAUGCCCCUGCAGCAUAA